GGCAGCACUGCUCGUGACGUCACGCCUUGUUUUCCGAUCGAAUUUGCUCGCUUCUUCAUCUCCAUCGUCCAGCCUUUCAGCCACAUUUCUCGAGCACACGGACAGAGCUGGUGAGGUGUUGCGAUGGCAAGUCAAACGCAGGGAAUUCAGCAGCUGCUGGCAGCGGAAAAGAGGGCGGCUGAGAAGGUGGCCGAGGCGAGAAAACGGAAGGCUGUGCGCCUGAGGAAGGCCAAGGAGGAGGCUCAGGAUGAGAUUGAGAAGUACCGCCAGGAGAGGGAUCGUCAGUUCAAGGAGUUCGAAGCCAAGUACAUGGGGUCCCGCGAGGGCGUCGCCGCGAAGAUCGACAGCGACACGAAGGUGAAGAUUGAGGAGAUGAAUCGAAUGCUGGUGUCCAACAAGGAUGUGGUUGUGCAGGAACUCCUCGAUCUCGUCUAUGACAUCAAGCCGGAGAUCCACCGGAAUUUCCAGAUGAAGUAAGAAGGGGCUCCGCCCCAUCGCCAUGCCGUCAUUCUAGGCAAAAUUCUCAUGACAUGUAAAGAAAAUCCAAGCCAAAGGCAGUAAAAGGCGCCGUUUAAAAUUUGUCCAUGGCAAUAAGAAUUUAUGUUGCUGAGCUCCGGGAGACUUUUCGAGAAUCUCAAGGUUCACGCGUCGCCAGACGUGUGUUGCAUAUGUAAAUUGAUUUAAAACAUUUAUUUUAGCCAUUAUAUAAAUCUGCAAUUGCCGUAUAUAAUUGAAAAAAAAAUUGUAAGAUAGAGCUUUUCUCUCCCAUCGUAAAUCUUAGUUGUUUUUUUUCUUAUUCCUCCACACACACACACACACACAACGUCUACGCUCGUAGAUUCACCAUUUAGGCACAAUAUAUUUUUCUCUUGUUAAAGACAAUUAGGUAUAUAUAUAUACGUUCUCUGUGUGCACAUUCAAUUAAUUCGUGUGUCGACAAAUCAAAUUGGAAAGAAAAGAUUCGUUCAAUAAAUGGUUCAAUGUUCAA